AUGGGCAACCUGACAUACACCUGGUCCUUUACCUUUGUGUUGCAAGGCAUCCCAGGGCUGGAGGAAUACCACCUGUGGUUCUCUCUGGCGGUUUGCACGGGCUACGUGAUCACUAUUGCUGGGAAUUCUAUCAUUUUACUAGUCGUAGUAUCAGAAGCAGCCCUCCAUAGACCCAUGUACUACUUCCUCUGCAUGCUGUCCGCUAUUGACUUAGCAGCCACGACCUCUACGUUGCCCAAGAUGCUUUCCAUCUUCUGGUUCCAGGCUGGGGAGAUCCAGUUUAAUACCUGUUUGGCCCAGAUGUUCUUCAUCCAUGCUUUGUGCAUGAUGGAGUCAGCGGUGCUGCUGGCCAUGGCCGUGGAUCGCUACGUGGCCAUCUGCUUCCCUCUCAGGUACAAUUCUUUCUUCACCGGCUGGGUCAUUGGGGGGGACCUUCUAGGCAUUGGCCUCUCCUACUUCUUCAUUGUCCGUGCAGUGCUGCGCCUUUCCUCCAAUGAGGCCAGGCUGAAAGCUUUUGGCACGUGUGGCUCCCACCUCUGUGUCAUCACAAUCUCGUACAGCCCAGCCCUCUUCUCCUUUCUCACUCACCGCUUUGGCCACAACGUGGCUCCCCAUGUUCACAUCCUGCUGGCCAACUUCUACCUUCUUGUUCCUCCCAUGUUGAAUCCCAUUGUCUACGGAGUGAGGACCAAGGAGAUUCGGGAACAGGUGAUUCGAGUGCUCCUCCCAAACAAGGCCAUGGUCAAAUCUAGAACUCUCUGA